AUGGACUCAUUUCAGCCGCCUCCCCCACAAGCGGGCUCUAGCCCUCCAUUAGAGCCAGUUUCAGCUUCAACAUUGGCUCAAAACGAAGCUGACAGACGCGAUGCGGUCUCCAGGCUAGGGACCUGCAAGACAGGAUGCGCAAUCGUGGACGAGGAUGUCUUGCUGGGUGGGUUUGAACGCUCAAGUGUCGUGGGUGUCAGCGCCGAAGACGAGGAUCUAGGAGUCCAGCUUGGCCUCCAGAUACUGGCGCAUUCGCUUUGCGAGGGGAUCAUCACAACCGGACUACUCAUCACGCCGAAGCCGGCAGGUGUGAUGCUGGCUGGCUUGAGGGACGCAAUCAAGGCUGAGCUUGAGACAAAAGGUCAUGAUAGGGAUUUGAAGGCAAAGCUGAGGCAGUGUCUGGAAAAGGUGAUGCUGUCUUGUGUCUUUGACCUGGAUGGUCUGUCGGAGGUGUUGGCAGAUCUGGACCCAGGUGGGCCACCAGAGGAGAACAACUCACAACAGGAGCAAGAAGAAACGGAGGGGCAAGAUGCAACAACAGUGCAGGUUGACGAAAUUCAGGAUAGUCAGGACGACGACGAGGAGGCAUUCUCACCAGUACAAGAAGCUUCACAACAGCCCCAACCAGAGAAACUGCCAGACAGGACAUCACAACACCCAGAAGUUAUUGUGAUAACCCAUUUCUCCUCUCUUCUUACAAGUCUCUUCGCCCACCGCGAGAAAUCAGCAGCACAUUCUACCCUUCAUCUCCUGGGUGCCCACGUCCGCGACCUCUCACGCAAUCUACCGUCCAGCCCUCUGAUUCUUCUAUUGAACUCUACAUCGUCAGCCUUCUCGGGCCCGGUAAACACAAACACAAACACGGCCACAGUAUCGCCUACAAAGCAAACCUCUGUCGAUCCAAUACUGCGCUCCAUCUUCAACCCGCCGCAAUCAACAGGCUACAACACCCGUCGCACAAAACCCAACUACGGACUUGCGUUCUCGCGGCUGCUGGACCUUCACCUACUGUGUACGAGGAUCCCCAGGACGAAACAGGAUGCCGAGGUAGCAGCUCAGCAUCGUCCUGGGGAUGAGGUUAAGAUGGUAUGGGCCAUGGAGGUGUUGUUGGAUGAGAUGGGCGAGGCACUCGCGCAGUGUCUCCAGGAAUCAGACUGUGUCAUGGUCCAACGCAACAGCGCCGCCGACUGCCUCCGCGAACCCCUCUCGAGCGAACUACCCCUCAAGUGCCGCCAGCUGAAGAAGGGCUUCGGCGAGUGCAAGCGCGGUAUGGUCGACAUGCGCAAGCGCUUCCGCGGGAACAUGCCCGUGGCCUACCGGACCAUGGAAAAGGCCGAGGAGGGCACCGGAUACCAGCUCUACGCAGGCCGCCCGGCCUUUGCGGGCAGUGUCAAGAAGACGGACGGAAACGAGCCUAUUCCUCAGGAUUGGAGAGAAGUCGAGAACGAGAAGUGGAAGGCCGAACAAGCGGCCAUGGCACAGCAGCAACAGCAGCAGAAGAAGUAA